AAGUCAGGUGGUGAUUAAGGUGGUUGUGUCGAGAACCCCGAGGCGAGCGGAUUAGCCAUGGAGGUAGAAGAGUCCCGCGUCAAGGAGCUGCACGCUGCCUACCUGUGCAUUAAGCCCACGGUCGCAGAAGACCUCAUGAGUUGCGAGGAGUUCAAGAGAGCCCUCCAGUACGCCGGCCACAACCCCACGCCAAAGUUUCUCUCGGAGCACUGGAAGGACGGCGAGACAGAAAACAUCACGUACGAGAAAUUUUGCAGCAUUGCCGAGAAACUCCCUGAGACGAUCAUCGAUGACAUUGAGACCUUGUUCAUGAAGGUAUUUGGAGUUGCCGAUGGAAAAGUAGGUGAAAACGAGUUCCGGAAACUCCUAUUGACAAAUGAGAGCCUGGGUGACCUCAGCGAAGCCGAUCUUGACUACAUCUUGCAGGAUGCAAAUGUCAUCGAAAACGGUGUUGUUGAUUGUAGCAAGCUGGGGAAGGUGAUCAUGCACACUAUCAGCGAGAUGAAGCAGAUGAGCUUGCAGAAGCUAGAGGAACGUUCAAACCUCCAGCGCAUCAACUCCAAAACUUUCACGAGGAAGAAGCGUGAGAAGUUUGCUGGGCCGGAAGGGAGUCCGCGGUCCCUCCACUUAGUCUCGGCUCUUAAUGUCGAUGGCUGGAGUGAGUCCAGUCUGAAGGGUUGCUUUUACUUGGACAAGGUGAACAUCCUGGCCCACCAGUAUUCCUUGGAGAUUACGUGCAUGGGGCCGACUGUGGUGAAAAUGACCCCAAAGGUUGGACCCAAAAACACGACGGAUGAAGUGGUGGAUGCCUUAGCGUAUGUGUUUAGGGAAUCGCCCGAAGGAAUGAGGAAUUAUGUUGGUUUUACAGAUAAGAGGGACAGUGAUGGCUCCUAUUACUGGCAUGAUGUCCUAAAGGAGGGGCGAUAUGUUGUGAUUCCCUUUACCAGUGGGUGCCGGCUACAGGAGAGAAUGCACGAGCCAGAGGGACAGAUUGACUUGGUGGAAAACAAAGGGAAAGUCGCGCUCACUCCUGAAUUCAGACUAGUCCUCGAAGAAAUUUUCCACCAGGUUGACCUUGAUGGAAAUGGCCGUCUCAAUCGGCAGGAAUUUAAUCUCUACAACUGGAGGACGUCGGGCGAAGAAGUCCAGGAUGAUGAGUGGGCAGUUGUACAGAGCAACUUUGAUGUGGAGGCCGAUGAGUUGACCCUCAGUGGGUUCCUUGCCCUGCACCAGCUGGAGGCAGAAGACAACGGUGGCGAUACGGACGAUCUGUGGGUGUCGUUAGAGGCCAUGGGUUACAACCGGAUGGGCCAGCAGGACCAGGCGGCUCCAUUUGUGUUAAGUGUCUUCAGCCAGGUGUGUCAGCCCACUCUCUUGGUGUCUGGCCUGAAAAGUGGGGGUCUCCUGCUGGACAAGGCUGUCAUUCGCUCCAUCAUGGAAAAUGCAGAACCCAUCAAGAUCAAGAAUAUGAUCGACCUCAUCAAGUAUGAAUUCCUGGGCAAAGACCGUGGCAGCAUCGUCAUCCAGAAUAAGGCUCACAGCAAGGUCAUGGUCCGUGUGGAUUGUUCCGGCAGUACAAACGUGGCCACAAACAGGCCGAACCUAGACUGGACCGUGGAAGUGGCAGGAAAAUCUGCAAUAAUAGCCCACCAGUUGAUGCCAAAGAAACUCGGAGAACCGUGGAAUGUGGUUUGUGUUGAAUAUCUUAUUAAAUAGUCUUGCUAGCAGACUAGGACAUAUAUUAAAUGCAGCUUUACUUAUGCCUUGACUUUUGUUUGUAUGCCUAGCUUACGUAUUGCUGCAGUAUUACACAUAACAGUUGUAUACUGCAUGUCCUUGCUCACUAUCUUGUAGCAAUGCAUAAAAUGUAAUUUCAUCAUUUUUUUUAUUUGUUGAAUUUAGCAUUCUGAAUAUUCUCCCAUACUUUUCAAGAUUAACAGCUUUUGACCAUGUUUCUUUUGUAUAUUUUCUCUAGCCGCUGUGAUAGAAUGUCUAAAAUUAUCUGCGCAAGGAAGAGAUUUAUGAGAGUCCUCAACAUAUAGCUUUUGUUUACAUACAGCAAUAAUUGUGAUUAUUUAAUAGGAUCUUUAUACAUUACUUGAUUCCACACUGUAAGUGAUAGUAGGAUUUGUGGAUUUAUAUAUAUUUUUUCCUUCGACAUUAAAUUUAAGUAUAUAUAGGUUAGUCAGGUAUCUAACAUAUUUGUGUAUGUGUGUGUGUGUGUAUGUGUAUGUGUA